GCCAGCGUGAGAACUGUCCAAUCAGGCGUGCAGCCAGAGAGGAAGGGGCGGCCUUGGGGAUCUGGCGGGGCCUUUGUCUCCUUGCGGCUAACGGGGUGCUGGGCUCGCGUUUGCUGCCUUCCGGAGAGUCCCCGUGACCGCUGCAGGCCCUGUCGCCCUGUGGCCUGCAGGUACUGCGAGAUUUAUAGGGAGGCCGGCGGGACACCCAAAAGCUGGGAAAUGGGACUAUUGGCAUUCAGGGAUGUGGCUCUAGAAUUCUCUCCAGAGGAGUGGGAAUGCCUGGACCCUGCCCAGCGGAAUUUGUACAGGGAUGUGAUGUUAGAGAACUACAGAAACCUAUUCUCCCUUGGUCUUGCUAUGUCUAAGCCAGAACUGAUCAUCUAUCUGGAGGCAAGGAAAGAGCCCUGGAAUGUGAACACAGAGAAGACAGCCAAACACUCAGCUUUGUCUUCUUAUCUUACUGAAGACAUUUUGCCAGAGCAGGGUCUGCAAAUUUCAUUCCAAAAAGUGAUGCUGAGAAGAUAUGAAAGGUGUUGUCUUGAGAAAUUACGCUUAAGGAAUGACUGGGAAAUUGUGGGUGAGUGGAAAGGGCAGAAGGCAAGUUAUAAUGGACUUGACUUAUGCUCAGCAACUACUCAUAACAAAAACUUUCAAUGCAAUAAAUGUGUGAAAGGUUUUAGUAAAUUUGCAAGUCUAAAUAAACAUAAGAUAAGCCAUACUGGAGAAAAACCAUUCAAAUGCAAAGAAUGUGGCAAUGUCUCUUGCAUGUCUUUAAUAACAACUCAACAGCAGAGAAUCCAUAUUGGAGAGAACCCCUACCAACGUAAAAAAGGUAGCAAAGCCUUUAAUGAGCGCUCAUACUUUACUGACUAUAAGAGAAUUCAUGUUGGAGAGCAACAUUGCAGAUGUGAAGAAUGUAAUAACGUCUUUAAGUCUUGCUCAAGUCUUGCUAUUAUUGAGAAAAUUCAUACUGAAAAGAAAACCUACAAAUGUGAAGAAUGUGGCAAAGCUUUUAACCUGUGCUCAAUUCUUACUAAACAUAAGAAAAUUCAUACUGGAGAGAAACCAUACAAAUGUGAAGAAUGUGGCAAAUCCUUUAAGUUGUUCCCAUACCUUACUCAACACAAGAGAAUUCAUAGUGGAGAGAAACCCUACAAGUGUGAAGAAUGUGGCAAAGUCUUUAAAUUGUUGUCAUACCUUACUCAACAUAAAAGAAUUCAUACUGGAGAGAAAACCUUCCAAUGUGAAGAAUGUGGAAAAGCCUUUAACCAGAGCUCACAUCUGACUGAACAUAGGAGAAUUCAUACUGGUGAGAAACCAUACAAAUGUCAGGAAUGUGGCAAAGCUUUUACUUGGUUCUCAUACCUUAUUCAGCAUAAGAGAAUUCAUACUGGGCAGAAACCCUACAUAUGUGAGGAAUGUGGCAAAGCUUUUACCUGGUUCUCCUACCUUAAUCAACAUAAGAGAAUUCAUACUGGAGAGAAACCCUACAAAUGUGAUGAAUGCGGCAAAGCUUUUAACUGGUUUUCAUAUCUUACUAAUCAUAAGAGAAUUCAUACUGGAGAGAAACCCUACAAAUGUGAAGAAUGUGGCAAAGCCUUUGGCCAGAGCUCACACCUUUCUAAACAUAAGACAAUUCAUACCAGAGAGAAACCAUACAAGUGUGAGGAAUGUGGCACAGCCUUUAACCACUCUGCACAACUUGCCAUACAUGAGAAAAUUCACACCUGAGAAAAAUCCUACAAAUCUAAACAAUAUGGCAUAGUCUUUAAUACCUAUUCACAACUUCACAGCAGAGUAUUUUUACUGAGUAAGAGUGUUACAAAUGUAAUGAUUGUCAAAAGUCCAUUUACAAACUGUAAGCCUUUGAGUGCACUAAAACGUUUAGGCUAGGAACAAUACAAAUAGAAAAACCGGUUCAACACCUCCACUGAUAUCACAGCUCUUAUUGUACACAGAGGAAUUUAUACUGUAGGGAAACCUUCCAGUUGCUCAAACUUUAUUCAACUUCAAAGACUUUGUAUUGGAGAGAAACCCUACAAUCGUAAUAAAUGCAGAAACAGCAUUUGUUCAAAAAAUAUACCUUAGAAAACACCAGAGUGUUCACACUAAUAACUACUUGACAGAUGCAGUAAAUGUGAAAAAAAUAACUAAUCAAAAAUUACAUCAAAACUCGUCCAAGAAUUGGCCAGGCGCGGUGGCUCAAGCCUGUAAUCCCAGCACUUUGGGAGGCCGAGACGGGCGGAUCACGA